AAUGGAGUUUGCCAUGGUGGGUGCGGACGGCGGGUGCAAUAGUCACCUGCCUUACGGAUAUGCCCAAGCUCGCGCACGGGAGAGGGAGCGCGAGAGGGAGCGCCAGGCUGCCCAGUCGAGAGCGGCGGCUGCAGCGGCCGCUACCGACGGUGGGUCCGGUACGGAGGGAGGAGGCGGCGGCGGCGGCGGCGGCGGCAGCGGCAGCGGCGGCGGCAGCGGAGGCGUGGGGGGGUCCACCUCCACCUCCACCUCCUCCUCGAGCGCUCAUCUCCUUAACAACUGCCAGCAUCAGUCUCGCGCCGCCUCCUCCACGAACGCCAACAUCAGCAGCGGCGGUACCGCCUCGCGCCCCUCCUCCUCCUCCUCCUCCACCUCCUCCUCGCAGCCGCCACAGCACCAGCAGGAGCCCGAGCAGCAGCAGCAGAAGCAGCAGAGAGUUCUCAGAGAGCGGAAAAAGCAGCGCGGCGUCGGACGGUGGAGACGCAGCCGGACGACUCUCGGCGACGACCUGCGCCACUCGGAGCUGGCGCUGCUCGGAUCCGAGGAGGACAUCAUGAUAGAGGAGGAAGAGGCCGAGGGAGCCGAGGAAGGGGAGGAGGAGGAGGGGGGCCGGGGAAGCAAGAGGUCGAGUUUUCUGUGUAACAUGGAUGAUGAGGAGACCGUCUCGCUCACUGACAGGCGCCCUCAGUCCGGAUACGAAAAUGUUUACAGCGAGUGCGGCUGCUGCGAGAGAGUGGUCAUCAACGUGUCGGGACUCAAGUUUGAAACUCAGCUCAAGACUCUCACUCAGUUCCCGGACACUCUCCUGGGAGACCCCGACAAGCGAAUCAGGUACUUCGACCCGCUGAGGAACGAAUACUUCUUCGACCGGAACCGACCGAGCUUUGACGCCAUUCUUUACUAUUACCAGUCAGGGGGGCGGUUGAAAAGACCAGUCAACGUCCCGUUUGACAUCUUCUCCGAGGAGGUGAAGUUUUAUGAACUCGGGGAAGAGGCGAUACUUAAGUUUCGGGAGGAUGAGGGUUUUGUCAAAGAGGAGGAAAAACCUCUACCGGAGGACGAGUUCAAGCGCCAAAUCUGGCUGCUUUUCGAGUAUCCGGAGAGCUCGAGCCCUGCCAGGGGGAUAGCAGUCGUGUCCGUCCUGGUUAUAGUGAUUUCUAUUGUCAUUUUCUGCCUGGAGACGCUGCCGGAGUUCAGGGAUGAAAAAGAGUAUCUACAGCCACGACACAACUCCACUCAGCCCGACCACGGAUUUACUCCUUUCAACGACCCGUUUUUCAUCGUGGAGACUGUUUGCAUCAUCUGGUUCUCCUUUGAGAUUAUAGUCCGCUUCUUUGCGAGUCCGAGCAAACCGGCUUUCUUUAAAAACAUUAUGAACUCAAUAGACAUUGUAUCCAUUUUGCCUUAUUUCAUAACUCUCGGCACGGACCUGGCGCAGCACCAAGGCAACGGGCAGCAAGCGAUGAGCUUUGCCAUCCUGAGAAUAAUCCGCCUGGUCAGGGUGUUUCGCAUCUUCAAACUGUCCAGGCACUCCAAGGGGCUGCAGAUCCUGGGUCAUACCCUGCGCGCCAGCAUGAGGGAGCUGGCCCUCCUCAUUUUCUUUCUGGUCAUAGGGGUCAUCCUGUUCUCCAGCGCGGUGUACUUCGCCGAGGCGGACGAGCCCACCUCUCAGUUCACUAGCAUCCCCGACGCUUUCUGGUGGGCCGUGGUGACCAUGACGACGGUGGGCUACGGUGACAUGAAGCCCAUCACUGUCGGUGGGAAGAUAGUGGGCUCCCUGUGCGCGAUCGCGGGCGUGUUAACCAUCGCGCUCCCGGUGCCGGUCAUAGUGUCCAACUUCAACUACUUUUACCACAGGGAGACCGAUAACGAAGACCAGACGCCGGUGGUGGAGAGCAUGCCCCCGGGCUGCCCGUAUUUCCCGGACUUUUUAAGGAAAUUCAAAGGCUCGCCCUCUGGUUCCUCGCUGGGUGACAAAGCGGAGUAUAUGGAGAUGGAGGAAGGGGUAACGGAGUCGCUUUGCGGGCUGGACAAGAGCCCCAGUAAAGGAAACGGCACAGACAUAGGCAGGAAAAACAGUACUAACUCAAAAUCCAUUCAGACUGACGUGUGAUUACAAGUAGAGUUUCAUUUUUUUCGUUUUUCUCUAAGGAAGAAUACGCCCUAUAAAGAUACUGUAUGCCCAAGAGGAGCAGGUGGUCCCCCUAACACAAGUUUUACGCACGCCUCAGAGCCCCCCUCCACAUACACACACACACACACACACACACACACACACACACACACACACACACACACACACACACACACAAAGACACACAGGUCACCAUUGGCAGGUUCAUUCUCUCCAUCUCAGAACAAUAUAGCUUCUCCCAAAUCCUCUCCACACCGAUGGACCUUUAGGAACAAUAAUGACCAGUAUUUGUUUAAUGGGUUGAUUAAUCAAUUAAUCUAACCUGUGCAGGCUUCCAAAUCUGACAUAAAAUCGGAAUUCGAGACAAGACAGGCUAUGCAUUCGCACUUUAUGAGUUUCAUCCGUCAAUAACAGAAAGGGUAGGGAUGGUCGUUUUGCUGUUAUGCAAUAAAGUUCAAAUUUGUUUGCACUAAUGUAGAAUUUGCGCUCAGUUUGGCCGGUUUUUCUUUCAGAGACAGAAACUGUAGGCCAUGCAAAUGGCAAUAAUUUAGUCAUCCUCUGACCACUUAGCUGAAGAAUGUUUGAGCAACUUCCUAAAAGAGAGCAAACUAAGGAUAAUAAUAACUUCUUUCAUACGCUGCCAAUAAAAAUUGGACUCCAUUAAAGGAAACACCGAAGACAGAUACACAACUUUUGUUACUGUUCCAACACUUAAUAUUAACAACAACAAAAAAAGCUCAUUGAUAAGACAUAGCAUUUAGCAGUCAUCAAAUGAACCAGGGCUAGAGUUAUUUCUAUGACAUCUACACAAAUUUCCACAACAGGCAAAAAAAAAAAAAGAAAGAAAGAAAAAAAAAGCCUUGUUGUUGAGCCACCAUGAGCGCUAAGCACAGGAAUCAGUUAAAAAAUGGCUGGAGAGAUGGCUUGCCCCGCCAGGUUUUAUAUGGACAGGCUUGGGGCGUUGGCGACAGUAGUUUCCCCAGUUUCAUUUAAACCACCUCAAAAUGACAAUAUCCCUUUACACGGACGCAGAUGGAAAGCUAUAGCAAAAAUGACUUUGUUGCGGAAACUCCUUGAAGGGGAGUUUGCGAGCAACUUCCUCUCCUGUCCGCUGGACUUCGUGCACAAAUUGUUUUUUGUUUUUUUUCUCAAGAGGACUAUGAUUAUCUCCAAGCUCAGAGGAUCUCCGGGAUGUGGAUGUCUUCCAAGCGCUGCCAGUUACAAGGAGAGGGAGUAUCCCCCACAUCUCUGGAAAAUUGCAGAGAGCAAGCAAAACAUUGUGACUGGUCAUCUUGAGCACGAGCGGAGACUGAAAAGCAACAAUUGAACGGGACUCGGCAUUUGGACGAGUGGAUGAGAGCUACUGUGUGACAUCAGUAAACAAACCCUCGAGGGUUGAGACUGAAGUUGGAAAAUGAGUAAGUCGUGGCCCAAAAUGAUUGCCUUAAUUACUACACAUAUACUGAUAUAUGAAGUGAUGAAACUAAGAGACUUAUAAAAGUUUAAAGAUGUUUUCUUUACAUGUGAAAAAAGUGUCUUGUAAGGAACAGAUGUGAAUAUUUUAAUAUGAUAGAGAUAAUGUUUGGUUGUAAUGUCGACAUAAUGUUUUAGUUGGGUCGGCUUCGUAGGUGUCAUUGGUUACUAAAUGGUGAGUUUGCUCUCUGCUUAUGUGCAGUCAGCACAGUACGACUUAAUCUAUUUUUAUCUUGUUUCAUAUUGUCAACCAAACAAGGCUGGCCUGAGUUGCUCACUCAAAUGCUGGCAACAAACUCUUAAUUCACAUCGUGUCAUAACACAUGAAAAUCCUCAUUCAGAAAGUGUAUAGAGGGUUGGGAGAGAAAUAUGAGACAUAUAUUGACUGGCUCAAUGCAACACACUGAAAUACAUCAGAAGAAUAUCCUCUUACAUUAAGAUCCACUUACACUAAAGCAAAGAUGUCAGGCACAUAAACACCAUCAUAAAUAUCUGCCACACUUACUUUCUAUCACAGAAAAACAGCGGAUGAAACUCGCCGGGCUUUCACCGCCCGAGAAUCAUCGACGCAAAGAUGAAAUACCUUAGGUUUUUUUCUCAGAUGCAAAUUUAGAGCUGACCAGCUGCUUUGUUGAUAUGUUUUCACUUUGAAUUUAACUGUAUGCAAAAGUAACAUGGACGUGUGUUAUAUAUUUUUUUAAACCUAGCCUUGAUAAUUACAUAACCAAAGUGAAACCCUGAAUUUAUUGUAUGUUGUGGACUUCUGGAAAAUGUUGUGACAUAGAUGCACACUGAAUAGGAAAAAAAAUGUAAAUAGCAGACAUUUAUACUUGUGUGUCCUAAGAUGUGUUGCAGAUAGAGUAAAUUGAGACUUUUUACUUUCUUUGACUGUUAUGACCAUCGAUCAUAAUCAUCUGUGUUUGGUUUGUUCUCGCUGAUACAAUCAUGUUACUCAUAUUGUUGCGAAUGCUGCUCCAACAUUCUUCAUUGUCAUGUUUUUGGCAGUUUCUUUCUUUCUGUCUUUCUUUUCUUUUUUUUUUUUUACAUACUGCCCAUGAAAAUUCCACCUACUCAUUGAUUUGGCAUACUAAAACAUGAGGCUGCUGAUGUUGUUUGUGCAGUUUUGUCAGAGAAGCGUUGGAGUUUGUUACCUCUCUUAGACCUGCAAUGUUGCCCUUGAAUUUAAUGAUUAGAAAUGUCCACUGACAUGGCAGUUUUAUUUUAGUUUUUGGAAGUAGUAGUAAGUUGUAUCACAUAUUUUACUGAAGACAGUAUUUUACUUUCCCAUAUUUUCCUUUGACAAACAUCUUUUGCAUACUGUGUCAACUAUAAUGGCACUUAAAAAGCUUGAAUUAAGAGCUCUUGAUCCUAGUGUCUUUUUCCUAUACUCCUAAAGAAAAUCCAAAGUUCACAUUCUCUUCACUUUUUCCGAAAAAUUCGUAUCUGUAAUUACCUCAAUAAUAGCAUCCCUCAGAAAAGCUGUUUACUGAAUGUUCCAGAUAUUUCCUUAGCGUCAGAAAAACUCGUAACCACAAAAUAGCCACAACAGUUUUAAAACAGAUGUCAAUAGUUUACUUGGGAAAUCCUUAUGGGAAGGUUGUUUUUAUUGGGAGGGAGUCCACACCAAAAGUUUUACCAGAAAAUCUCCAACACAGUUUAGGGACUGUGAAAUCGAAAGUUGUUGCUUCUUUCAAAAAUAAGUAAAAGAAAAGAAAGAUAACUGAAACUGAAAAUUAAACUGACAGUGGACUGUCAUAUCAGGUUGCCUGUUAACUCAGAUCAGAUUAUUUAAUUAUCUAUUUGAGAAUGAAUAAGCUAACUACAAGAGAGGACAAUUACAUGAGGAUUUAGGUAACAGUAGUUUUACAGUUUUACAAAUAGUUUUGGGGAAUACACCUCUUUCCAAGAGUUGGAUGAGAAGAUCUAUGAAACUCUAAUGUGGAUACAGUAAAUAUGAGGCUACAGCCAGCAACCAGUUAGCUUACCCCUUAUUUAUUUAUGCAUAUCAUAUGAAUAUUCAAGCUCAUCAUAUUAAUAGUUCUACAUCAGGACCUCCAGCCAUUUGGAUCAAGUAGUGGCCCAUCUGUUGGUUGCCUGGCAACCUCACAGUGAUGACAAGACUUCAAGAAGUUACCAAAUAAUGAUUCAGCACAUAACCCAUGGUAAAACAUACACUUCAGUGUAUGUAUGAACUAUAACAGACAACAUAUAGUGUGUUACUUACUCCAACAAAACCAGUUUUGUUACCUUUGGACAGAGCCAGGCGAGCUAAACUUCCUCCUUUUCUAGUCUUUACGCUAAGAUAAGCAAAGCCAACCAGCUGCCUGCUGAAGCUACAUAUUUACUGUACAAUCUUCUUAGCCAAGUGUAUAUUCCAAAAUGUCCUUUCAGAGGUAAAUUAUAGCACACUAAUCUUGUCAGAUUAUGGGCCUCAAUCACAAGCUGCUCCGAACCUGAGCGGAUCAGCCGGCAGUGGCCUUAGUUCUGGCCUGGAGUUUCAUCAAGAGGGGCCGGCCUGAUGAUUUGAGGCUGAAUUCUGAUGCAGAACUAUCAUAUCAACAGCCGUUAAUGAGAGACAAAUUAAUCUAGCUAGUGAUAUGUUGAGCUGCAGCUCUGUAUUAUCACAAAGCAGCACAGAAGACGCUAAGCCAAAGAGUAAUAUGCCCACAGGUUGCUAGAGAGAAAAAGAACAGGACAAGCAUGAGAAUUGAUCUUCGAGGCCACCACGUCCAAUCAAGCAGAACAAAUAGCACCAAAGGAGACAAAGAAAUCUGUUUAACUGGACGGUCAUUUCCUCAAUCUAUGAAGUAAAACUAUUCAUUUGGUUAGAGGCUGCAAUUAUGUCAAGUUGCACUGAUACAGUGCCCUCACUUAAAUCAGGACAUCAGUAGUAACCCAGAGAAUGGCAGUGUACUAUAAUGUACGAAGCAAGAAAAUAAUAAAGGUCAAUUUUGAAGCAGAUUGAAUAUUACAGAUAGAAAAACUAUUUAUCCUCAUGUGUGAGUUGAAUGAGACUCAAAAUAAAAAGGUUAUAAACCUCAGUUAUCCACAUGGAUAUUUAUCAAGAGGUUCAUAUCAUGAGUGAAAAAAUAUCCUAAAGACUAAAAAACAAAAUCAACAUUUUCUUCGACUUACUAGAUAUUCCUGUGGAUGUUAAAAUUACCUGUAGUACUUAUUUUGUGAUAAGUGUUGUAAGCUGUUAGGGAGGUUAACAGAUGGGGCGUUAGAUAACACACAGAACAAGGUGAGAUGAGGUUUUUUUUUAAAAUUAUGAUUAAAGUCACAGUCGCAGCUACUGGCCAGAGGAGCAAGAAAAGGAGGCGAUUCAUUUUCAGUUCUAAUGUUAAAAACAAACAGCCUGUCAAAUUGAAUAGAACUGAGCUCAUUAGAAAGAAAAUUCUUGUUGUGGAUUGAUUUCGCAUCUCGGUGUGAGAAACUGCUUUUCUGUUGAAGCUCACGUAUUUCUGAGGCCUAAACAUCUCUGAGACUCCUCCAAUCCUCUGUGCUUUCCACUGAGCAACUCGGUAAGAUUAACUUUAAGUCGAAUGCCUCUGCGAAUCAAUAACAAAGGAUUUCUUCUAAAAAACAACCAAUUGACCACAGAUCUAAAGCCAUGCAAAACAACAGCCCUGUGUUAAGAUUUAGUGAUGUACUAAAUUUAAACAGCUUUCAGUGUUGCCAGAUUAGGCUGACACAAAACAGCCCAAUCGGAUCACCGGGCCUUCCAAUUCGUCAUAAAUAUAGUCUAAUUUUCAAUUUUCAUAUAUAAAACAGGUGCUGGGAAGGAGCCUCAGGAUUUUCCUCCAUCCUCCUGUUUUAUUUGUACAAUUAGGCAAACCCCAAGCCACCCUAAACAAGGUUAUAACAAUGAAAAUCUCAACCAAAUCUGUUGCAUAGCAGUUUAACAUUCAAAUAUUUGCUUGUGCAAAUAGAUAUAAGAUUUACAGAUCAUUUACCACAGCUAUAACUAAAUAAUAACUAGGAAAAAAGUUUCACCCGAGGUGUACUAAACUUAAAUCUCAUGUUUUUACUGAGGAGUAUUAUUGAAAUUGACGGGGUCAGUUCUCAGAAGAGAUUAGCAGCUGAUCCACAUUUUUGCUAUAAAAAGUAGCCCAAAUCAUCACAAGCUGCCCAAAAGCAUUUCUUAUCCACCUCAUCAAAUAAAUAAAAAAGGCCAAUCUGGCAACACUGACUGCCCAUAGUGAUCAGGAUGGAUGGGAUCCAGAAACUAUUUGGACAUCUAAGUUUAUUGUUCAUGUCCUGAAUUUGGUUUAAAAAGAGAGCUCUCCAAAAGCUGAGGGACAUAUUUAAAAAAGACAAACUGACUAAGCCCAAUAUCUUCACAUUGCACCCAGGCAGCACUGUAGACGUCUCCAUAAGGCUCAGUUUGAUAUAACAUAUCAUGGACACAUACACAAAUAAAAGUAACGCAUUAGUCUGAGGAUAGAAACAGUGUUUGCUGUAACAUCCACAGCGUUAGAUAACACUAGGAACCCGUUUUAUGUCUUAAUCUCCUUAUAAACAAGGUGGCUUAUGAGGAGCAAUGCAAAACUGUUGAACAGUGACGCAGUUUCUGUUCGUUUAGUACUUGUGCUGAAUAGUAUGUGACAGACCAGAUUUCGGGUUGUUUUGCACCAUCUGCUUCCUGCAGAACAGUAUUAGUGCUCUUUGCUGCAAAUACAAUGAUUACAGUGUUUGCCUGGUCACAUCUGUAUUUAGGAAAUUGUCUCAGAUAGGAGACAAAUAAAAUGCUUUGGAGAAUUUAUACGUAUUUGUUGAAAGGCCUUGGUAUAGACAGCUAAUGUCAGGAUAUUGCUCAAAUUACUGGGUUAACAACAAGGAUACCACACGGCAUUUGAUCUGAGAAAUACUCAGUGGUCACUCCAUAAAGCUGUCAUUUUGGUGAUAAUUACAAGAUGAUACAUUUUAUCGGAGAUUAUAACAUUGAUUUAAUGAUAACAGCCUUCAUUAGCUUAAAUAUACCCAAAUGUAACUUUCUUAUUUUGGAACACUGUUCGCUUUCUGGCUCAUAGUGUACCAGAGCAGUGAGGAGACAGACUAUGUUAUAGGAAUUAUAUGCUGAAGAAGAGGGGGAUUAGCAUUUCCACCAAUGUAUCACAGUGUCAUAGUGUGAAAAAAGUUACACACACACACACACACACACACACACACACACACACACACACACACACACACACGGAGUCCGAGAGUCACAGCAGCCAGUGAGUUCACUGCUGCCAGAGUUUCCUUGAGCAACUUGACUGCUGCUGUCCUGUCUGCGUGUCUCAAACGGAUAUGUGAACACACUCCUACAGUAAUUACACCAGCCCUCAUUCAUGAAGCUACUGGACAUUCAGAUAUGAGCUUUACAGUCAGUACAAUUAAAGAGAUAUGUCUUUGAUUGUGGAUCACAAACACAGCUGCAACACCCAGUCGAUUAUUCGAUUAGAGAGUCAACAGAAAAUGAAUUGGCAAAGACUUUGAUAAUCGUUUUAGUGAUUUUUUUAGGCAUUAAUGCCAAACGUUCUCUGGUUCCAGCUUCUCAAAUGUGAGGAUUUGAUGGUUUUAACAGUCCCUCCAGGAUUUCACAGGCUUUUUUUGGAACUGAAAUGCCUGAUAUCAUGGCCGCUUUUCUAAAAAAUGCAUGUUGCAAAGUUUAUAGGCAUUUUUCUUUGCAAUAAAAUAGUGGGAGAAAAUGACAAUCACACAAAUAGUUGUGAUUAUGAUCUCUUUUUUUUGUCUAUAAUUCAUUAUAAAUAAAAAGCAUCUUGUUCCAGUGAGGAUAAAAUCCCACUGUUUGGACACAACUAGAAACAAGGAAGCGAGUUUGGUGACAUAUAUAAUGAUUUUGUGGUGAUUGGACAAAAUUGCAAGGUCGCACAGAAUUCACAUGGGUUGGUUGAAUUUGCUUUAAUUGUUGCAAUUGCAACUUCCAGGAGGGACUGUUUUAAUCUGCCAUAUAUGACAGUCAAUUGAUUAUCUUUGAGUUUUUCUGUCAAACAAUCUGAAUAUAUAAAAGGUAUCUUUCAAAAUUUUUGUGACAUUUUAUUGAACAAUAAAUCAAUUAAUUAAAUCAGUUAUUAAAAUAAUCCUUAGUUGCAGCCCUAAUGGAAAACAACACGAAUGUUAGGUCUUAUGGUCUGUGAUAUAGCAAUGUAUUGCUUCAUAUCACUUUUGGUAACAAAUAGUUCAAUGCUCUGGGAGCUGAACACACUUCAACAUAAGAAAAAUCUUCACCACGUUGUUAAAGCAUUUAAAAAAAAAGUAAAACAUGGUUAAAUUGAAACACGCAAAUAAAGAAAAUACAACAAAAUUCAGAUUUUCUUUGGUUGUGUUUUCUAUAUUUGCAGUGCAUUCUGUUAUGUUGGACAUGUGUUGUCCUUUGACCGUGUUUUGCCCCUUUGAAUGUGUUUUCUUUAAUUGCAGUGUGUUGAGCUCUCAGGGCCACCGUAAUUCUUGAUAGAUUUAACAGCCUGCUGACAGUCUUAAAGAAGAUUUUGAAAGCACAGAACAUUAAUGGAUGAUUAGACGCUGUGUACUACACUAUUACUAUGGUGACACUUGGUAACCGCAGCAGAUCUUUUGUCAGAUUACAUUCAACAGACUACAUGUGGUGGCAUGGCACAUUUAUUUUCAACAAGCCUCCAAAUGUAUGGGCCAAGAAUCAUUUAGCAUGUAUACGUUUGACAUACAAUGUGUAAAUUGCCAUUUUUUGUCUCUGAUUCAUCAAUCUACAAUAUAAUUUAAUAUUUAGAUGACAAAGUCUCAAGUGUCUUUGUAUUUCUCAACUUUACUCCACGAGAGCUUGAUGAAGGCGGGCCACUGUGUGUUAAAUAAAAUAAUGAGCUACACAAACAUACAAAUAUAAAAUAUAUAUUUACAUGAGAGUUUGACAGGACAAGGAUGGGAUUUAAACCCAUAAUAAUCAGGUGUCUAUGCAAGUUGGUGCAGUUUGGUCAGCCAAGGCCACGGUCACACUGAAGCGAUGGUUAUAAUCCAGUAUAUCUACAUUAGUCAUUAUGAUUCUCACUAUCAUCUCACCUACAGAGAGGUAAACUAUCUACAUGCAGCCAGCAGAGAUGUUGCUGCUCUGGCAUAAUUGUGUUUUGGGAAGACGGUGGUGGUGCAUUUGUUUUAAUGUUACUGCUUCACGUUAUGCGAAUGCUUAAUAUUCAAACUGUUUAUCUGCCACUGCCUUGUCACUCAUAACAAAAGAGGGAAAUUAUCAUCAAUCAGCAAAGGAAAACUGACAGUAACUAUUAACGAACAUGUAAAAUAUUUCUACAGUUCAGGUGUUGAGAAAUAUCCAUGUGAGUUUUGGCCAGCCUUGCUUUUAUUCUGCAUGAUGCUUUGUUUUGAGAAAAAUGCAUCCUAAUCCAAGGUAUGUUUGUAUUCUUUUUCCUGAGGGUGCUCCUCUCCUUCUCUUUCACUCUCUCUAUCUCUCUGUAUCUUUGGAGCUUGUCACUUCUGACCUUAAUUCUCCCUUUUUGUUUUCUUCUUUGUUUUAUUUUUUGGUAAACCUUCCGACUUCUGGAUUUUCUACAUUCAUAACAUUUUGUAGACAGCAAUAUGAGAUGUGAUUGAAAAUGGAAUAUGUGCAAUGUUGAUUAAAGAAAAAUAUAAUAUAUUAAAUAAAAAUUCAGAAAACAGAA